AUGGAUGGUGUGAAGCAUCUCAUUGCUGAUGGCCAUCUAAGAGCUGCGCUCAAUGUUACUGCGAAUAUACUUUCUGAUAUUGGUCAAGGUUUUGGCGUUGCUGGAAAACCAUCAACUAUUACAUUUUAUGGUCUUCAAGUGUGGGCUUGUCGUUUUCAGUUGCUAAUGGUUUUAGGAAUGUAUUCCUUAUUAAAUGAUGAGUUGGCAGCUUUUGAAAAUUUGGAUGCUCCUGAUUUAUAUUUUCAGUACUAUCCAAAAAUUUAUAGAGGUGACAUGAAAGGAAGUCUUGUACCUUUUAUUUUACGCAUGGUUCAUGCAGAGUCUUUGAGGUUCACAUCGCACCCAUGGGAAGCUAUCAGUCGCAUUGGAGCUUUAGAGUCCAAUACGCUAAAGGUUAUCAAUGAUCUAAGCGCAAUGAAUAUCGAUAAAACUUAUAUUGACCUGUGGAAUAAACGCUUGCUGGCAGUUCAGAAAAUACGUUCAAGAGUAUUAUUUUUCAUGAAGGUGCAAUUUUCAUACAAAACUGAUGAAGAACAACGUUUCAUUUUAAAAUUGAUGCUACUUCGAAUGGCAGUAUUUAUGGGUGACGAGAAAAGUAUGGAAAAAUUCCUAAAAGAGGUUUCAUCGGCUGGUGGAAGAACCGAUUUGCUAAUACAUCAAUCAUUAAAAUCUGUCUUUUUUGGCAAUUACAGUCAAGCACAAAAUAUUUUGCAAAAAAUUUUAAUAUCAGUCAGAGACAAUCCCAAGAUCUGGAAUAAUAGCGCUAUAUGUAUGUUAUACGGGGGCCAGGUUAGUGAAUCUUUGCAAAUUUUCAAACAAUAUUGUGGCGAUCCAAACGAACCACUUGCGAUGAAUUUUUUUACAAUUACAGAAAUAGCUGCAUGUGAUGCUCAAAAAGAAAAUGUGAAUUUUUUUAUAUAUCAUUUUAAAUUCAUAUAA